AGGGAUCCUUUUAUUUGUGCUUUACACGCUAGUCUGCUACUAUGGAUCCAGCAGCAAUUCGUCCUCCCAAAUGCAAGGGUUCUUGUUGUGCCAAGCCGGCGGCUGCGCCACAUGCACCAGAAGCACCGAAAAAGGCACCAGAACCACCACUCAAGGUUGCUGAUGCGCCACCUCCCGCCCCUCUGCCGCCGCAGCCACACAAUGGAGGAGUUCUGGCACAUCCGCCGCAGCCGAUAUGGCCGCCUCCCAUGGAAUUGGUCGUACCCAGACCGCACAUGCAAGAAAUUGUGCCCGCGCCGCACGGUGCUAUGCAAUUUGAUGCACGCCGCCAUCCCGGCCAGCCCUUCCACCUAAGAGCUCCGCCGGCGCACGGGCGAGUCCACUGGGACGGCGCCGUCGAUCAUCUUUCGAGGAUUCCGAGGUUGGACAACAUUGAGAUGGCCGUAGCAAGGGGCUACAGGCUGAAUUUCCGGGACUACCCUGCCCCUGAUUGCUGUCACGACUAUUCUAAUUAUAAUUACCGGCCGCAUGAUUAUUGUCCUCCUCUUCCAGCACCGCCACCAGUGCAAUGCCACCCCCACCACUACCCAGAACUCCGCCACUACAACUAUGCAUUGCCGGCGCUGGAUCACCAUGAACACCACUAUGGACCGCCUCCGCCACCACAUGGUUAUUGCCAGUACAACUACUUUAGUGAUGAGAAUCCUAACGGGUGUACCAUUAUGUGAUCACUUGAUACUUAUUUGCUACUUAUUCUUUAAUUUGAUCAUUCAUUUCAUAUAUGUUACUCCGAAUUAGGAUAUGUAUUCUACCAUUUUUCUCUUUUUUCUUUUUGCAAUCAAUGAUUAAAUAGAUGUCUAAGUAUAUUCACUAAAAAUUUGUCUAG